GGCUGCUGCCUGUUGAGCCCAAGGUGAAAGGGUGCCACAGUCCUGCAAAUGGAUAUGGGGAACACUCAAUGUGACUCUGCCAGUGGAGGGGGUGUGCAGUUUGGAUGGGUGCACUGUCUGCUCAGAGCCUGCCUUCUUCUCCAAAGACAGAAGCCCUCUGUUGCUCAUUUGCCCCUCUUCUUUCUCUCUUCUCCUCUCCCUCUUUCUCUCAGUUUCCAGCCUUCCCAUCUGUGUGUGAUUUAGGCGCAGGCUCAGGGGAGAGGCAGGUCCGCUAGGGGAGAGGAAUCAGUGCAGGGAGGGAGGGCGAGAAACAGGGAGGAAGUCCACACAAGUUUGUUUUACAGGACUCAACCCAGGGCCGGGACUCGGCGCAGCGCUGCAUCUGGAGGUCGGAGCAGUGGAAAAGUGAAGCCAACGAGUGCAGCCGAGCAAGAGGAGCUGCCCGGAGACGUUUCUACAGCCAGGAGACACUGACAGGAACACAGACAGAGAGGGGAUCAGUGCUCCACUGGGCAAACACACAAACAUGGCUGCUAGAUCUCUCUCCUGCUUCUGCCUUCUCAGCAUCCUCUCAGGGAUUGCCUAUCCAGCCUCAGCCGCCAGGCUCUCGGGACAGCAACAGACUGACCUCAAAGUGUGUGUGAAAGGAUUUUUCCUGAGCGAGCAGGAUAUUUGCCUACCAUGUAACUGCAAAGGUCACGCAGACUACUGUGAAGACAUCACUGGUGUUUGCAUAAAAUGCAAGGACCACAGUACAGGAGAUUUCUGUGAGAUGUGUGAGGAUGGCUACAUGCCGGCCUUCAGCCUGGGUGGACGCCACACUUGCAAACCGUGUGCCUGCCCCCUCUCUGUCCCCUCCAAUAACUUCGCAGUGCACUGUGACAGAGGAGGUGCCAUCCUGCGCUGCAAGUGCAAACAGGGCUACGCCGGACAUCUCUGUGAGAGGUGUGCUCCAGGUUAUUACGGCAACCCAAUGGAGAUCGGUAAUACCUGCAAGAGAUGCGACUGCAAUGGCAACUCUGACCCCAACCUGAUCUUCAAUGAGUGCCACAACAUGACGGGUCACUGCCAACACUGCUGGGGAAACACGGCCGGCGCCAACUGUGAGAGGUGUGCAUCAGGAUUCUACGGCGAUGCAAUCAACGCCAAGAACUGCAGAGAGUGUGAGUGCAACAAAUGCGGCACCUCUUCAUGCGACGACAGGACCGGAGUGUGCCACUGCAAGCCGGGAGUCACCGGACAGUUCUGUGACCAGUGUGAGGAGGGCUACUCAGGUUUCUCCAGCUGUCAGGGCUGUCGGAGGUGUGAAUGCGGGCCAGCUUCCAUCCGCUCCACCUGCCACCCUCUCACCCACAGCUGCCCCUGCCGCCCGGGGGCCGGAGGCCGUUACUGCGAGCGCUGCCUGCCAGGACACUGGGACUACAGCCCGUCCGGCUGCCAGAAGUGUGACUGUGAGAGCGGACACUGUGACAUGCACACAGGAGAGUGUCUACCAGAGGCUGCAACAGUUAACCUGUGCAACAUCAGCUGUGAUGAGUGUAUUUGGCAUCUGAUGGGGGACUUGCGUCAGUCCAAUAAGACCCUUGACCAGCUGAAAGUGGGUGUGUUGAACAUCUCCACUGGUGCCGCUGCAAAUGACAGACUCAAAUACUACAACUACACUGCUCAUCGACUGCAGACUCAGUUUCAAGGCUGGAGAAACAAGUCCUCUGUGAUGAAGGCCCAGGCCAGGGAUCUGGAGGAGGCUGCAGAGGCUGUGGUUCUGGAUAUCAAACAGCUUGGAGAAUCGGAGGCUGUGGUGGAGGCUCUGGGGAACAAACUGGAUAAUGACACCUUGGAGACGUUCAUGCUGGCCGAACAGCUCAGCACAAACCUCACUGAUCUCAAUGUGCAAAUUGAAGAGAUGAUCCAUGACUGGGAGCUGUACAGCGUCCACCAGGAUGUGGAUCCAGAGGUGGUCAGAAAGAAUACAGAGGUGUCCCAAGGGAUGGUGGCCUGGAUGAGGACGCUUGACCUGUCCCCACGAGAGCCCAUCGCCACCGACGAGUCAGCUGAAGCUCAUGACAUGCUGAGGCGGAUCCGUCAGCUGGAAAAGAAACUGAUGAACACAGACAGCCGUCUCCCGCCCGUCAGAGAGGUCCUGUCCCGCUUCUCCUCCAAGCUCUCAGAUGCUCAGGGUGUCCUGCACAAAGCAGCCAGCAACGUCCAGGAGACAGUGGACACAAACAAAGCCAACACCCUCAAGUUUCAGAGAAAUCAGGCGAAGCAGCAGAGGCUGUCAGAAGACCAAGCUGCUGUCCACGACACUCUGGAUACUGCUGCAGGCUUCAUCUCUGAAGCAGAGCAGGCUGUGGCCGGGAUGGAUGCUUUAGUGCAGAACGUGUCUCAGUACCACGCGGCGAUCGAUGGAGCCAGCCAACAGCUGACGGAGAAGACUGAGCGCCUGUCGCUGGCUGACAGAGAUCUGGUGCAGAGAGCCGACGAGCAUGCCAACGAGCUGGACAGACAGGCCAAUGAACUGGAGGAGGAUCUGAGAGAGAGCGAUGCUAAUGGCUUCGUGCAGAAAGCCAUAAGUGCUGCCAACGUCUACAACAACAUUGUGAAAUACAUCAACGAUGCCAAUAUCACCUCCAUCACCACCCUCAACCUUUCCCAGAGAGCUGAAGAUGCCAUCUCUACGGUCAAUGAUCAGCUCGAGUACCUGGUAACACAGAGCAACAAUGUUUUCAAGGAGUCUGUGUCACUACAUUCAGAACAGAAGGAGGUUGAAACAGAGGUGGUUGAACAGCUGAACUACAUCGAGGAGACCAAAGAGACCAUGGCAAAAAACACCAAGAAACUUGCAGAAGUGAAAGAAGAUAUCAGUGGAAUCCAUACAGACAGAACACCUCAGCGGCUGGAGUUCACCCUGCAGGUGGCCCAGGGGACUCUGAACCGCUCUGCAGAGGUCCUUCAGACCAUCACCCCCAUCAGCAGCAAGGUGGAGGAGUGGGCCAGCAGCAUGAGAAGCAAUGAGUACUCCACUGAGGCUUAUGAACAGGCCGUCGAGUCUGCAGGAGGAGCAGUGGCCAUCCUGAACGGACUCGUUCCUGAGCUGCUGGACAAGCUGAAGGUGGUCGAGGAGAAGAAGCCAGUCAACAACGUGACCACGAACAUCUUGAGGAUCAGGGAGCUCAUAGCCCAGGCCAGGAGCGUGGCCAAGAAGGUCCAAGUGUCCAUGAAGUUCAACGGCCAGUCCUCAGUGGAGGUUCAUCCCCACAGCAACCUGGAGGAACUGAAGACAGUGACGUCGAUCAGCCUGUUCAUCAGAGUGGACCCUGACAAAGAUCCCAUCGAGGACCGCUUCAUCUUAUACCUGGGAGACAGAAAUGGCAGGAAAGACUACAUGGGUCUGGCCAUCAAGAAUGACAACCUGGUGUACGUUUACAACCUGGGAGGUGAAGAUGUGGAGAUCCCUCUUGGUUCAAAGCCCGUCAGCCAAUGGCCUGCAGUCUUUAACUACGUCAAAGUGGAGAGGCUUGGCCGACAUGGAAAGGUGUUCCUCACCAUCCCCAGUCACAGUUUCACAGACGAGCAGAAGUUCAUCCAGAAAGGCGAGGCUCCGGGCACUGACUCGCUGUUUGACAUCGACCCCAAGGACAUCGUGUUCUUUAUUGGUGGAGUCCCGCCAGACGUCAAGCUUCCACCUCCUCUGAGUCUGGCUCCUUUCGUUGGCUGCAUCGAGUUGGGUUCGCUGAACAACGAUGUGAUCAGUCUGUACAACUUCAAAGAGACUCACAAAAUGGAUAUCGUUUCAGCACCGCCGUGCCCCAGGUACAAGUUGGCCUUCGCCCAGGGUCGUGUCAGCAGCUAUCUGUUCGAUGGAACGGGCUAUGCACUCGUCAACAACAUCGAGAGGAGAGGCAAAUUUGGUGUGGUCACAAGAUUUGAUAUUGGAGUGCGAACUGUGGUAAACAACGGGGUCAUUCUCCUCAUGGUCAAAGAGGAAAAAUUCUUCCUCUUAGAGUUAAGGAACGGUUACCUUCGCCUAAAGUACGACUUCGGCUUCAGCGAUGGGCCACAGCUUUUAGAUGAUAAAAUACCAAAGCUGAAAAUAAAUGAUGCUCGAUACCAUGAGGUGUCAGUGAUCUACCAUCAGUCUAAGAAGGUUAUCCUGCUGGUGGACAAGAGCCAUAUUAAAUCUUUGGAGAAUCCAAAAACCACUCUACCUUUCUCAGAUAUCUAUAUAGGUGGGGCUCCCUCCAGCAUUCUUAAAACCAGGCCUGAGCUGUCUGAUGUGGUGGGCCUGAAAGGUUGUCUGAAAGGUUUCCAGUUCCAGAAGAAAGACUUCAACCUGUUGGAGGAGCCCGGCACCAUCGGCAUCAGCAGCGGCUGCUCUGAGGAGUCAUUUAUGUCCCGUAAAGCCUAUUUCACUGGAGAGGGCUACCUGGGAUCCACUGCAAAGAUUUCACCCUUCGACAGCUUCGAGGGAGGACUCAACUUCAGAACUCUGCAGACCAACGGACUCCUCUUUUAUCACAAUGACGGGUCUGAUGAGUUCAGCAUCGCUGUGGAGAACGGAGCCGUGGUGAUGAACUGCAGAGGAUUUCGAGUCAAAUCCCACAAGAAACAGUACAGCGAUGGAAGGACACAUUUCCUGGUGGCCUCAGUGAACAAUCAGAAGUAUUCACUGCUGGUGGACGACAAAGACAAGCAGGAGAAGAAACGUCCUGCAUCAGCCACCAGAUCGUCAUCUGGGUCUGCUGUCAAGACCUUCUACUAUGGAGGGUCUCCCAGCAGCAGCCUGAAGAACUUAACAGGCUGCAUCAGCUACGCCUACAUCAACAGACAGGACCGGGACAUUGAGCCCGAGGACUUCCAGCGGUACACAGAGAAUGUUCAAACCCUCCUGCAGGACUGUCCAGUCCAGCGUCCCCCUGCUGCUCUGCUGUCACGAAGCAGGGAGCACACUUCAAGAGCCAGACAGAGCCAGGCACAGAAGGUUGUCAGGGAUAGGUCCAGUCUCCCUCUGGGCCUGAUGGAACUGAGGAGUGAUGACCAGGAGCCAUCAGAGCCACACAUCGAGCCCUGCUACCUCUCCUCAAGUCCCAGAACGACCCGCCACGCCUUCCACUAUGGUGGCACCGCGAACAGCAGGCAGCACUACACAGACCUCCCAGACUCCUUCUCUGAGAGGUCCCACUUCUCCCUGUCCCUGAGGACGCACUCAUCCUUUGGCCUCAUCUUUUAUGUAUCUGACGUCCAUGAGGACAACUUCAUGGCUCUCUUCCUGGCCCACGGGAAGCUUGUAUACACCUUCAAUGUGGGAGACCAAAGGGUCAAAGUGAGGAGUGAGGAGAAAUACAAUGACGGCGCAUGGCACAAUGUUAUUUUUAUCCGUGAUGGAAGCACGGGGCGGUUAAUAAUUGAUGGGCUCACAGUGCUGGAAGACAGAGCUAAGGGAAGCAACGUCUCCUGGCAUGUCAGCAGUCCCAUCUACAUUGGAGGAGUUCCUCCAGAGAGAGCCCUGAAGAAUAUUCAGAGAAACUCUGCACACAGUUUCACCGGCUGUCUGAAGAGCAUUCAGCUCGAUGGACAGUGGCUCUCCUCCAAGGUGGAGACUUUCGGGGUCACUCAAUGCUUUGAAGGGCGCUCCGAGGCAGGAACAUACUUCUCAGAGGAAGGAGGCUAUGUUGUGCUGGAUGAAACAUUUAACCUCGGGCUGAUGUUUGAGCUGGUGAUGGAGGUGCGCCCCCGUGUGGCAUCUGGAGUGCUAAUGCAAGUGCACACAGCAGAGGGAUUUUUCAUUGUGUACAUUCAUCAAAGAGAGGUGGUGGCUGCUAUUAAAGACGGGUCUCAUGAGUUCCACACAAAGGUGUCACCCAAACAGGGUCUGUGUGACGGCAACUGGCACAGAAUCACAGUGAUCAGAAAUGCCAAUGUUGUCCAGCUUGAUGUGGACUCUGAAGUCAACCAUGUGGUUGGGCCUCUGAACCCCAGUUCCACAGAUAACAAGAAGCCGGUGUUUAUUGGGGGCGCUCCAGAUCUGAUCCUCCCAGAGGGCUUCGCCACCAGAAAGGCCUACGUGGGCUGCAUGAGGAACCUGACCAUUAACAAGAGCCAAGUGAGCUUCAGUAAAGCCGAACUGGUCAGCGGAGCCGUCAGCGUUGGAACCUGUCCCGCAGCAUAAAACCGUCCCAAACCCCAACAUAGCACUGACCAAACACAUUAAAACUCUCUUUCUGUUAAACAUAGACAUUGAGAAAAGUAUUGUCACUGUUCUAUCAUUCUCUGUCACUUUGUCCUUAUUCUGUCUUUAACUGUAAUCAUCGGUUUUUCUUUGUUUUACAUUAUAAUGUCUGAUGCAGAGUACGACCAAAUUGUCAAGCUUUAACAAAAUCAAGAGAAGAAACUAUAAUUAGAAACGAAAAAUUUGAUCAGAUUCAACAGUUAGCGAAAACUCUGACUUCAAAUAAAUUAAAGGUCAGAACAGGAGGCGCUGGUCUGGUCUCCAUACAUGCGGUCUGGUCGCCACAUGUACAGAGGCUUAGUCGGUUGCUGGUUUAACUUCCGGCCUUUACCCUGUGCUGCACAUCAUCCCCUACUAUCUACUCCUGUAUCUCUUCAACCAUCCUAUCUAAUAAUGGCAAAAAUGCCCCAAAUAAAAAGCACAAUAUGAAAGACACAUUUUUUGUCCAUCCAACUUUAUAAUUUUUGUACAAGCUCUGAGCUCUCCUUUUGUACUGUUUUAUUUCUGAUGAAUUAAAAACAUUUUACACACAUA